AGUAAGCUCGUAGUCUUUUCCGGUAAUGAGAUCAAACGGUUGUAUGGUUCAGGCAAAGCGUUUUGAAAGAAAUUAAGAAAAUAGAAGAGUAAGAAAAAUCAACAUUUACUAGUGAAAACUUUGGAAAAUGACUCCAAGGCUGAUAUAGAAUAAGGACGUUCAGUAUUUAAUCAUGGGCUGUUGUUCUUGGCGACAGUUCGUACUCAUCAUAUGCGUCUUACAAGUUUUGUCGAGGAUCAUAAAUAUAGUCACUACCGGACUUAGAACAUUAUUAUUGUGUGCCAAAGCCGAUUAGCGAAAAGCGUGAUGUCUGAGAGGCAUUAGCAAGUUUAAUGAAUAGAUUUUUUUUGUUUUAUUCAUUUUAUUUGCAACCGCAAGAAUUUGACUAUCUAUAUUUGCAACAGAUUGCGACGCUCCAGAGGUUAGUCUUCGAUUUUAUGGGCUAUAUGUGGGGCUCAAUUACGGCGAAUAUAGUUAAUCUAAUCGUUGUUAUUGUUGGAAUUGUUGGAGCUUAUCAAUAUAGAGGAAAAGUUUUGUUACUGGUAAGUAUUACUUGAUUUCUUGAUUAUUUAUUAUUAUUACUAUUGGUAUGGCUAUAGUUAAAAGGAAAAGGUUUAUAUAGGCUAAUAUAGUAAGCUAGUUGUUUUUUAUCAGUUCUGGUAAGUCGAUACGUAAUUGUCGAAAUGGCUGAAAAAAGUUUUAUAUGUUUAUUUCUAGAUAUUUUUACCAUUUAAUAAAGUUUUUUAUCAUUGUCUCUAUCUCUUUAAUAAAAUACAUACAGUAUGCCGUAUGGUGCACGUUGUGGAUCGGUUGGAAUGCUUUAGUGAUAUGUAUUUAUCUAAAAAUUGGUCUAUUUGAAAAUAAGAAUUAUGGUGUGCUAGACUUUGGGACUGACCAAAAGAGUUUUUGGUUCAAUUACGGAAUUGGCUGUGAAACCGAAAAACAGGUUAGCACGCCCAAUUUAUCAUCAACCCUAACUACAGAAUCGGCUAAAGGCGCUAGCGGUUGUAUCCUAUCUUACGACUAUGUAGAAGUGAUUCAUGCCGGGGUACAAGUUCUGCUGGCUUUAAUGGGUUUUGUCAGCGGAAUUAGGUUAGCCUGUUUAUAUAUGGAAGAAGAUGAUAGCUCAGUAUCGGCUCAGGAAGAACUUGAAUUUAUUAAAAUGCCAAAUCGUACGUCACGUCGAAGUCCUCCUCCUACACACCUUCCAUAUUCAUCUCUGCAGCAGUCGAAUACGUCGAGCUCAGGUUUUACAGACCUUACAAUUUGUACCGGUGAUAAUAAUACCCGUCGAGCAUCUCGAAAACCCCACUCACCAUCAAAAGAUCGCCCUCAAGCUCGACCAAGGCGUCCACAAAGUAACUACUUAGCCUCAAAUGGAAGAAGUCAGCCUGCAUAUGAAAACGCUGAAUCUUUGAGGCAUCAAAAUCAGCAUAAUGCAGACUGUUUGCCUGCUCAACCUCCUCCUUAUCAAUUUCCGGGACCACCGCCAGGAACGACUGUUAUUUAAGGCCGUUUUUUAUUGUUAUAUACAUAUAUAUAUAUACAGUAUAUACUGUAUAUAUUUAUAUAUAUAUAUAUUUAUAUACUACGAUUUGUAUACUUCUUUUGCAAAGUUUGUAUUCGCUGCGUCUUAUUAAUUUGUGUAUACGGAGGUAUGUGUUCAUAGGUAGCGAAUUUAAUUAUUUAUGUAUACAUGUAUAAUAGAAAAAGUUUGUACAUGUAUAGGUUGAUAUUUGAAUCUACAACUAUGAAAUAUGCUUGUCUCUAUAUAUAUGUAUAUAUGUGAAAAUGUAUAUUUAUACCCCAGGAGCAUAUUAUCCAACUAGGAUGUAUAUAAUUCAUGUAGAAUAGUCAUGCCUCUAGUCAAAGGCUGUGCACAUUAACGUAAGCAGAUAAAAAAUUGUUUAUGUAUAUGAAAAAAUUAACAGCGAUAUUUUUUUGAAGUAUUUUCUGCAGUUUCACUUUAUUAGAGAAUUUUUAUGUGAUGAUGAGGUUUGCUUGGUGCUAAGAGGAUGCCUCUUUACGUCUAGAAAAUUGAUUUGUUUACGUAAACGAGCGUCUGACUUUACGACUUAAACCUGAAUGUGCAUCGUAAGUUACAAAAGGAAUAAAUACUAAGACAAGCUUGGUCCUCUUUAUACACAAAAUGAACAGAGAAUAGGUAAAACAUAGAAAAGUGUAUUGCUCCACAUUCCUAAACCAAUUGAAAACAUUUAAUAAGGAACUCAACCAAUUUAUAAAUUCUAUUUGCUCAACAAUUUUUCUAUCUGUAAACUAUAUUAAUAAUUCAUCAUUCUCUUCAUCAGCUAAUUUUCUUUUCAUUCUUUUCGGCUUACUUCCACCAUCUCCCAUCUUAGCCUCCUUAUCAAAUCUAAUGGCUUUAUUCUUCCCUUCCUGCUUCUCCACAGCUUUGUCGAGCAAUCUUAAAAAGUCCCUACUGGAUGGUUGCUUAUUAUUUCUUUGUGAGUCAGUUUGAGGGGAGAGUACCGGUAAUUCCAUAGGAAAAUUAUUCAUCUUCCUAUAAUCAGAGUGGGAAUAAUUCUCAGGCUUGUAUUCAGGGAAAGUUAUAUUGGCCUUUUUCAGCUCGUUUAUAUAAUACAAUGUUUCUUUUUUCAGAUCUCUUAUUUUUCGCUUAAAGGUCUGUUCGUUAUUUUUCAUUCCGUCAAUUACGAUGUGUUUGGAUUCCAGCACCUGCGUAAGAGUCUUUAUUUCGAUCAUCUUUUUCUCAAAAAUUUUUUUCGUUUCAAUACGACUUUUUCUGUUCAACUCCAUCUUUUCCUUACAUUCAAUAUUUAAUUGAUUGAUCUUCGCCUCUAAUUGCUCGCUCUCUUUCGCCAUUCUAACUAGUGCUCUUUUUAAUUUCUCCUCUCGAGAUUCUGCCAGCAAGCAUUUCUUCUCCGAUAAUCUUAACUUUUCUAUCAGUUCUUUUUCUUUCUUUUGAAAUUCUAUUUGUAUCUUUACUUUAUCUUGAUUUGUAAUAGCUCCAGUGUGGUCAAUUUCGGACUUUUCAAGAGCCUCUCGGCACUUUUUCAAAUCAAUCUAAAAUAAUAUAAGAAAAAUUAAGAUAUAAACGAAACUAUAAAUAACAGAAGAGAAAAUAUUCUUCAAUAUUUAUUAUUCAGUUUGUGAAUAUACUGCUUUGAUAUGUUUGUUUAUUCUCCUAUAUUUAAAAUAACUUACAGUCAAGGACUGGACAGCGCUUUCGGCAACUUCUUUAUUGCUUACGGCUAUAUUAGUUAGUUCGACUUGUUUUUUGUAUUCAUUUUGAUAGAACGUAUUCUUCUCAUAAAUUACUUGCAUCUGAAAUUAGCGAUUGCAUUAUCCAACUAAAACUUUUCUUAUCAUUAUACCUCCUCUUCUUUAUCACGCAAUUUUAAUUGCGCUUCAACAUAAUCGGCCCU